AUGGUGGAAGUGUCACAAGAACUCGAGGAGGUGGCACGGGCAACGAAAGGCCUCAAGAACUGGAAGGCACCCGGCCAUGACUCCCUCCCUGCCGAGUUGCUCAAGAUCGAUGACGACGAACCCUUCGUCCUGGGACACCUCCAUACCAUCCUCGUCAAGGUGUGGAACAGAGGAGAUAUUCCGCGAGAGUGGAAGGAUGCAACCAUCAAGGUGCUGUACAAGAAGGGUGACCGGUCCAAUUGUCACAACUACAGGGGGAUUUCGCUACUAUCUCACGUAGGCAAGGUCCCCAUCAAGAUCAUCACCAACCGUCUAACCGCCUUCUUCUGCGAAGCCAACAACAUCCUCCCGAAGGAACAGUGCGGAUUUCGACCCGGGCGAUCCACCGUCGACAUGCUGUUCGUCCGUCGUGCGCCGCCUCCAGGAGCUGGGGCGGAGAAAGAAAAUACCGCUCUACAUGUGCUUCGUCGACUUGAACAAGGCGUAUGAUUCGGUGGACCGAGAGAUGCUAUGGAAGGUGCUGGCCAGGGCCGGGAUUCCCGCGAAGCUGAUCGAAGUCAUCCGCCAAUUCCACGAUG